CUCGGCAUUCACAUUCGUCUAUUGUGGUAGACGGAAAGGUUUAUUACUUUGGCGGAAGCACACCUACUACAGUGGGAUCACAAAUCUUGAGUAAUGAAAUGUUUUAUUUCGACAUUACAAAGGAGUUUGACACAUCAUCCAUUUUAUGGAUGGAUCAAACCGGCACUAGUCCAAUGUCAGUUCAAAGCGAAGGCGCAACAACGGUUGUCGAUGGUAAAGAUAAUAAUACGAUUUUUUUGGUCGGAGGUACAAUGUUUCAUCCCAAAACAAAUACUUUAGAAAUGAAUGCAUUGGUUUACACUUUUAAUAUUAAAAAUCAAAUAUGGAGUAAAGUGGAAGUUUUAGGAGAAACUCCACCGGGAAGGAAACAAGCUAAAGGAGUUAUUGAUUCCAGUGGGAAGAUUUACUUAUUCCGUGGUAUCAAUGCCAAUUAUGUGUCAGGUGGUGUCAUUGGAUAUCUUGGCGGAAUGGAAAUUUUUGAUACUAGAAGUUUAUCAUGGUCCACUGUGCCCUCUGAUAACACUGAAUGGAGAGGUCAAUAUUCUUCUACCAUUCUAGAAAAUGGAAACAUCAUUUAUAUAGGGGGACAGACCAUGUCAAUGGCGGAUGUGGAUAUAAGCAAAGCGUAUAUUUAUAAUACCAAUACGGCCAUUUGGUCGCAAGAGGGAAUAAAAGGAAAUGCUACUAUAACGAUAGAUAAUAGAUAUGGACAUUCCGCAGUUUUAUAUAAAGGAAAGAUAGUUAUAUACGGUGGAGCAAAGGGUUUAAAUCAAGUAACACCCAAUCCGAGUCUAAUUUUCCUGAAAGUGGAUGGAAAUGUUACAAAUAAUUUAACAUUACCAACUAGCGCAAACGAUAAAGUAUUUUUAUUUAAUCUAGAAACUUAUAGUUGGGUUUCUCAUUUUAAUCCACCACCUCCAUCAACUGAUACUGAUGCUAAUCAACCCAAGAAUCCUUCAAAGGGCGGCGGGGAUAAACCAAAUUUUUCUGAUGAAAGUAAUGGAUGUUUAACACCAUCAAAAACUUUUGUAAUGGGAAUAAUCAUUAACGUAAUUAUUAUCCUUUUGCUUAAUCACUUCAUCUUGUUCUAA